CUGAAAAUUUUCUGCUGUUCAACCCCGUCUGUCAGCAUCGCUCGUUAGCCUCCUACUUUCGCUCAUGAAUACGCUCGCUUGAAAAACUCUCGUCCAGGAUGUAUUUGCGCAUCGAAUUGCUCCUCGUUCUCGCAUGUCAGCUGGUGAUUGGCUUCGCCUUCGUAGUGCCUCCAUCGCUAAGCCAGCGUGAUGUCUCGCCCGACUUAACCUGCGGGAACACGGGGGCCGGGACAAAGGGUUACACAUGCUCUGACAACCUGUGCUGCUCCCAGUACGGCUACUGCGGAAACACUACGGAUUACUGCGCCACCGGCUGUCAGGAACAAUUCGGCCUGUGUAGCGGGUCCGGCGGCGACGGAAACGGAUCUGGUGACGACGGUGAUGGAGGGACCUCGCCGGAUCUAACGUGCGGGAAUACGGGAGCCGGAGAGCAUGGCUAUAUCUGCCCUACUGGCAUGUGCUGCUCUCAGUAUGGGUAUUGCGGUAACUCGACCGAUUACUGUGAUAUCGGAUGUCAAUCUGCAUUUGGAACGUGUUCGCCGGGUGGUGGUGGGGACGGUGGAAGUUCCGGCGAUGGGCGCUGCGGGCCUGAUUUCGACGACCAAGUUUGCGGUGCGACGGAAUGUUGCUCUCUUUCCGGAUAUUGCGGUACCACUUCAGACUACUGCAAUGCUCCGGACUGUCUCUUCGAUUACGGACCGGCUUGCGACGCAAAUAAGAUUCCUAGCGGCACCAAUACCUCGACAUUAUCCCGGUCUCCCCUCGGAAGCGUGGCGGUCGGCGGCGUGGGGAUUUACGACUGUCAGAGCGACGGUGAUGUGGCUCUGACUUUCGACGAUGGGCCUGGCCAGUACACAUCUGAGCUUCUGGACCUCCUAGCGCAGUAUAGCGCUAAAGCGACCUUCUUCAUCACCGGCAUUAAUAACGGCAAGGGUGAGAUCGAUAACGCGAGCCUCCAAUGGCCGUCCAUAAUUAAGCGCAUGCAUGCCGACAACCACCAGAUCGCGUCUCACACGUGGUCGCACGCCGAUCUAAGCGCCAUCACGUCAGCCCGGCGGCGGGAUGAGAUGAUCAAGAACGAGAUGGCGUUCCGCAACAUCCUCGGCUUCAUCCCGACGUACAUGCGGCCGCCGUACAGUUCGUGUACGAAGGCCAGCGGGUGCGAGGAUGACCUGGCCGCGCUGCGGUAUCACGUCAUAUACUUCGACCUUGACACCGCGGAUUACCUCAACGACUCGCCGGACUUGAUUCAGAAUUCCAAGGACAACUUUGACCAGUUUUUCGUGGGCCUGUCUCCUGACUCGGACGACGCCCUAGUUAUCUCGCAUGAUAUCCACGAGCAGACUGUGCAUAACUUGACCGAGUAUAUGCUCAAGGGUAUUCAGAGCCGGGGUUAUAAGGCUGUGACUGUAGGCGAGUGUCUUGGAGAUCCGGUUGAAAACUGGUAUAGGCAGCUUUAGUAGAUGGCGGCUUUCUAGGCCUCGCCUCUGGGUUUGUAUGUUGUAUUGGAGCAGAGGCUUGGACGUGGACCUUGGAUAUUAUUCUCCCUAUAUUAUUAAAGUUAAUUAUAUAUGUCGAUAUGUCUUAAUAGAGCUACUUAGCCAGAACAUCUCCAUAGCUGUCGGGUAAUAGGAGGAACGCGAUAUGAACUCUUCAACUUUGAUAUAAUAGAGCUUUGACUCCUAUCAAAGAAUGAGAGAUGCCUUAACUCUAAAGCUAUAGUCCAAAAUUUUGAGCUUGUGUACCUAAAGCAUUGAGAAAUGGGAAAGGGAAUAUUGCAGGCGCCUGUGGACCGUUUGGCUUUGGCUUAGGUUCGAAGCUUGUUUGCCUACUCCUUACAUGAGAGUUAUGGACAGCACUGGCCUCCACCAAUCGUCACCACUUCGGACCGUAUUUCAUUGCAUCCAGGAGUAGCC